AUACCAGAAAAUGUGGAGAUGCGGGUAUCAGAAAUAUCAGGCAGAGGCUUAUGGGCCAGGAAUUUAAUCAAAGCUGGUUCUGUUAUUAUAUCACUAAGGCCGUAUUCAUUUGCACUAGCUAGCCGGUAUCUGGACUCGCAUUGCUCCUCUUGUGUUGCCACGUCAAACUCGGGAUUGUUGAGGUGUACCAGAUGCCGCACAGUUCGGUAUUGUAACACAACGUGUCAGACAAAUGACUGGUCGCUUCAUCGACUCGAAUGUUCUGCAUUGACGAAAUGGGCCAAGUCAGCACCAUCGAAAAACUUGUCUGUUCCAAGUGAUGCUGUCAGGUGCCUGGGUAGAAUUUUGUGGCAAAAACAGAAGGAAGGGUUUGAUAGUAGUUGGUCAAAGGAAAUUGAUGCAUUACAGUCUCAUCGACAUUCUUUGGAACCUCAUGUCGUUGAAAAUAAUACCCACCUUGCCCACUCUCUGGUUCGAUAUCUUGGCUUGUCUUCUCCUGGAGAUUUAUCGGAGUUUGGCAUUUUAUCUGCGGGCGACUUUGCUGAUUUAAUUUCAAGAUUUGUGACGAAUACUUUCGCAUUAACUUCACCCUCGUUGACACCAGUGGGGGUGUCGGUCUCGCCGCUUGUUGCGCUUUUCAACCAUUCUUGUGAUCCCGGUGCAGUCAUAGUUUUUCCUCGAUCUUCUCGAAAUCCCGCGGAGGAGCCGCAGAUGCAAGUAAUUGCGCUCAGAGACAUUUCACCCAAUGAGGAGGCGAGUAUAGACCACUUACUCGAAGCGCUCUCACUAACCAGCGAUCGCUGUCAGAUUCUGACAUCCUACAUCGACACCACCCUGCCUCGUUCUCUAAGACAGGCUGCGUUGAAGGAGACAUAUGACUUCACAUGCCAGUGUGAACUAUGCCAUGACGACAAUAUAAUAGACCCUCGUGAGUCCAUAUGGUGUCCAAAGUCAUGUGGAGGGAUGUGCCCUGCGCCCAGUGACGAAAGCGAGCCAUGCCAAUGCGUGAAAUGCCGCGCAGUUGUAGCUACACCUACAUUUAUCACGGACGCUCUUCAUAUUGGACAAGAAGCAUUGGCGAAGGCAACUUCCAUUCAAGAUACAGAUCAUGAUAAGGCCUUACAGCUGACGACCAAUAUUAUUCCGAGACUUGUGUCUGCCGGCCUGACGCCAUCUUGUCACCCGUUAUUGCCCUUGAUCGGACUCCAUAAAUCACUUCUCUUGUCUUCGCUGUCGGCGGACAUGGCACAAGAACUGCUGGACGAGACGAUCCGUAUCGCAGCUAAGCACUAUAUGGGGCUAUCCGCCAUUCUCCGUGAUGGCCACCCUGUACGUGCCGUCGCCCUCGCAGAGCUCGGGAAGCUUUUGGCCGUUGAUGAACCCUGCCCGGUCACAUCACCACCCACGAAUAUCGCCUCCCUACCGUCCGGCCCCGCGCGACUCAAAGCUGCAUACGAAACACUAGUGCGUGCGAGACAUGAACUGAUGAUCGGUUUUGGCAGAAACAACGACGGCGGUGAGCUCGGAAGAAAUAUUCGCGAAACAGUGGUGUCGUUGGAGAAGGAACUUGGGGUGUGGACACAAGGCAUACACAACACUCUUCAAGACUUGCUAAACUCCUCGCGAAAAUGAAUAACAAUUGAGGCUUUGAGUGCGCUCUUGUUGAUUUCAUAUAUGAUGCCUGUCAAUGCACUAUCUCGGGUCGAUAAGCUCUCUAAUAAUUAGCUCUUAAAGUCCCUUGGCUGGAUCCAUAAUAGUGGCGUCAUGAU